GCCUUGUACGACCUUAAGCUUGUGACGCCUGUUGUGCUGGCCGAGAGUGAAGAAGUGAAAAAGGUUUAUACAGAGUCCGGUACAAAGGGCCGCCUUCCUGCCAACAGAACCAACGUCCUGUUCCUCGGUGACAAACGUGCCGGGAAAACCAGUCUAAAGCGCCACCUGUCAGAAAGCGGGUUUGAUCCAGAGGAGACCAGCACGGUAGGCAUCGAGCGUGAGUUGGUACAAACCGAAGAGGUGGAUCAACACUGGGCUGAGGUGAAAGAAACGGAGCAUAAUGAAUUCCAAAAGGGAUCCGCCUUAUACACGGCCAUACAUGUCAAUGAGGAGGGUAUAUCUCAACAGCCAUAUGCAGAUAGCACAAAUCAUGAGAAGGAGAACGAGAAAGAAACCUCUUCGACUUCAAAGUGGUCUUUCUACGUUAGGUUAUUGAUUGCCUUAUUCCUUCCCCUUUCUUUCUCUUCUCUGUAUUUUGAUAAGUUUGGUCCCAUCUUGUUGAUGUCUAUUGUUUUCUUCUGGAUUAUCUUAUUCAAACAGGUUCACUUUAGGGGGUUCUCUAUAGGUACGGGUGCUGUCAUUGUAGCCACAUUCAUCAGAUAUUUUCACACAUGUGUGCCUUUGCCUGAUUCAAGUCUUGGUGUUAUUGGCGUAGGCUUGCUCGCUGCUGCAUGGUUCUCAGUGCUAGGAGCUUGUUUGGGGCUUGGGAUGGGUAUAGGGAUGGCGUUAGCUUUGUGUUGUAUGCAAAUAUCCACGGUGGAUACACUGAAAUUUAGAAGGCCAGUGUUCUAUGAAUCAAUCUUUGAAUCCAUGUGCUUCAUUAUAGGAAUGUUGAUUUCGUCACGGCUGAAAUCACCAUUUUUCAAGAUGAUUGCUUUCGUCGUACCUAUCGCUGGAAUCCUUAUUAGUGAAUAUGUUUCUCUAAGUUUUGCAACAAAUGGUAUCUCUGGCUUAGUAUUUGCCAUGUCCCUGGUAAUGGGUAUGGACUUUGAGCGCCUUCUGUCCAGAAAAUAUUACUCUGAAUAUGUACGCAAGAACAAAGUACUUAUUGAUGUGGCUGGAUUUAUUUUGGCAAUAUUUUUUGGAAAGUUGAUAAGUUUAAAUUUCGUCUUUGAUUUUGUCAAUGUCAGCUUUGCUUCCAUAUAUCUGGGACUUAUCAUCUACUUUGAGGUAGAAUUUAGAAUGAGGCAGACGAAAUAUCCUUACAGAUUCGUCGGGACAACUAUUUCUCAGUACAGGUCCAAGGAUGAUCUACCAAAGAAAAUGCUGCUGUUAGAUUUUGCAGGAGACCGCCUAUACUAUGCCACUCACCCUCUAUUCAUUUCUAGCCACGCUAUCUUUUUGGUGGUCUUCAGUCUGGCUAAAUUUGCACAAAAUGAAAGUUAUCAUAUGCGACGUUUGACAUUCUGGCUACAUUCAAUCGCCGCCCAUGCGAAAAACCCAGAAUGCAAAGUAUUUCUUGUGGGUACCCACAGAGAUCUAGUGCAACGCAAAAGAAGAAAACAAAUCACAAAAAGAAUAACAAAGAAACUUGGUCAGUACCCUCGACUUGUUGAGAUGAUAGUGUUGAAUAUGGUUAAUGUGUUCGACAAUAGCACACACCACACAUUUGUGUUUUGUGUCGAAAAUUCGGCACAAAUCAAAAACGAUUUGGAAGGGCUCCGCCUCCGGGAAACAUUGUUGUAUGAAGUGAAUAGAGCGGAGCACGUCAGACAUGAAAUUCCCCUCAGGUGGUUGAACUUUUACGACCUAACAAACAGAAGGAAAGGGCGCAGAGGUAGGAAGGACUACCCUAAGAACUGCACUUCUUCAACGGAAGCAGUUUGGAGCAUGAUGCAAAAAGAGGGCAUUUUCAAACCAGACGAAAAAGACGAUUUUGAUCUGAUGCUAGAUUUUUAUAACCGAGUUGGGGAAAUCAAGCUCAUGGAAGGGUUCGUGGUUUUUGACCCACAACUUGUAGUUGAUCUACUUACCAACCUGCUCAGGAUGCCAGUUCAAGAUGGCGCCUUGGUGCCCCUGAAACUCAUGGAAAAGCUUUGCAAGAAUCUCAACGCCCCUUGCGAAGAGGUGAUUACCAUUCUUAGGCAGUAUGAUAUCAUUUGUCCCAUUCUGUGCUUACCUAAAGAAGAAGACAUAACCUAUUCUGUACAUUACAUUAUUCCACUCAAGCUCGGACGACUCGACCGAAAACGCAAAGUCGUUGAGGCUGAAGAAGAUAUCUUAAGCUCGGAUCCAGAAGACGAUGACAAAGCAUGGUUGCCGUUUUGGCAGAACAGGGGGACAGAUGUCUGUUUCUUCUUUAACUUCAAAGAGUUCAAUCCAGAUGCCAUAUUCAUCCGUCUUUUGGCCAGGUGCUUGUACAUUUCUCAGCGAUCUCACGACAUGUUGAACAGACGAAACGUGUACAGCGAUGCAGGGAGGUUCUAUCAGUCCAACGACUUCUACUAUAAAAUUGAACUCCGCUCACCCUCAGAUGACCAGAACUUGGUACAGGUCACCAUUGGCAGAGCACCAGAGUCGGGGGUUCGUGAACUCCUGUGCCGCAUACACCGUGACAUCAAGGACAUCUGUGACAGAGACUUUCCCUACGUGAGCUACACGUUUGGGAUACAGUGUGAGGCGUGUAUACGUGUGAAAAGUUCUGAUGACCAACCAGACCAGAGGGAGCACCCACGGCACAUACUGAACAUCUCAACACACGAGGAAGACUUCCCAUCAGAUGGCGUGACAAGAUUGCUGUGUGAGAGGCAGGUGCACGAAGUUGACUUUCGACGUUGGCCGGACACCAUUCGAGUGAUAGAAGACAGCAAAUCGGUCAGUCAGGCAGAUAUUGAACGUGGCCGCAGUGUCGAAAUGACGGAGCCACACUGCAAACUUCUCACCAAGAACCGGCUGCAGCUGCUGCGUAACGUCGACCCAGAUGAUGUCAUCAACUGCCUUGUCCAAGAUGACGUCAUAAGUACCAGAUAUGCUGAGGAGAUUCGCGGCCAGCAAACAACUCGCGGCCGUGUUGGGAUGGUGUUGGACUAUCUACCCCGCAGGAGUGAUGCGGCAUUUCACUUCUUCAAACGUGCACUUCUGACGACAAAUCAAAAUCAUGUAGCCAAUCUUCUGGAGGAAUGAGAGCUUGGGACCAUCCACAAAAUUCCAGAUAUUUCAAAACCUUGCAAAAACAAUGUCUACAAGUAGCAGCUUGUCAGUUUUAAUUUAAUUCAAUUGGUGGCUGUUUCUUCACUGGAACAAAUUUCAGGAUGUUUUCAUAAUAUAGAGCAAUGUAUGACUAUGAGCUUCAUAUUUUAGAUCAGCCCAGAAUACACAGACUUAGUAUAUUAGUUAUUUGUGACCAACACUUUCAGCAUGUAAUGGAUUGAAAAAACUUUAACUUAAGGUUUCAUAUGUCACAGCAUCUGCAUUUAGGAAGUGUGUAAAGCUUGCUAAAUGAACUACCACAAACAUGAGACUCACGAAAUAUAUUUCAC